GGCGGCGGCGGCGGCGGCGGCGGAGCCUUCGGGGGCGUGCGUGCGUGUGUGAGUGCGCGCCAGCCAGCGGGAGUGUGUGCGCCCCGGGCGCGGGCUGGGCGGCACUCGCACCGCGGCGGCAGCGGCGGGAGCCGGGCGGCCGCGUCGUCAUUCGGGCGGGAGAGGCGGCGGCGGCGGCCGGGCCGGGCCGGGCCGGGGCUGGGGCAGCGGCGGCCGCGCCGGGCAUGGAGCUGGCAAGCCCGCGCUGAGGCAGGACGCGCCUGCUAGCAGCCAGCGAGAGGCUCUCCGCCGUCCGGCGCGCGGGCUCCCCGGCCGGGGCCGGGCAAACUUUUCUUUCUCUUUUGCCCUCUCCUGAGGCGCCUUCUGCGGCGGGCGGACCGACUCCUCGGCGCGGCGGGGCCGGGGCAGGCUGGACGCAGCACGAUGCGCGCAGUGUGGGAGGCGUUGGCGGCGCUGGCGGCCGUGGCGUGCCUGGUGGGCGCGGCGCGCGGCGGGCCGGGGCUCAGCAUGUUCGCCGGCCAGGCGGCGCAGCCCGACCCCUGCUCGGACGAGAACGGCCACCCGCGCCGCUGCAUCCCGGACUUUGUCAACGCGGCCUUCGGCAAGGACGUGCGCGUGUCCAGCACCUGCGGCCGGCCCCCGGCGCGCUACUGCGUGGUGAGCGAGCGCGGCGAGGAACGGCUGCGCUCCUGCCACCUCUGCAACGCGUCGGACCCCAAGAAGGCGCACCCGCCCGCCUUCCUCACCGAUCUCAACAACCCGCACAACCUGACGUGCUGGCAGUCGGAGAACUACCUGCAGUUCCCGCACAACGUCACGCUCACGCUGUCGCUCGGCAAGAAGUUCGAGGUGACCUACGUGAGCCUGCAGUUCUGCUCGCCCCGGCCCGAGUCCAUGGCCAUCUACAAGUCCAUGGACUACGGGCGCACGUGGGUGCCCUUUCAGUUCUACUCCACGCAGUGCCGCAAGAUGUACAACCGGCCGCACCGCGCGCCCAUCACCAAACAGAACGAGCAGGAGGCCGUGUGCACCGACUCACACACCGACAUGCGCCCACUCUCGGGCGGCCUCAUCGCCUUCAGCACGCUGGACGGGCGACCAUCGGCGCACGACUUCGACAACUCGCCUGUGCUGCAGGACUGGGUUACAGCCACCGACAUCCGCGUGGCUUUCAGCCGCCUGCACACGUUCGGCGACGAGAACGAGGACGACUCGGAGCUGGCGCGCGACUCGUACUUCUACGCCGUGUCCGACCUGCAGGUGGGCGGCCGCUGCAAGUGCAACGGCCACGCGGCCCGCUGCGUGCGCGACCGCGACGACAGCUUGGUGUGCGACUGCAGGCACAACACGGCCGGCCCGGAGUGUGACCGCUGCAAGCCCUUCCACUACGACCGGCCCUGGCAGCGCGCCACCGCCCGCGAGGCCAACGAGUGCGUGGCCUGUAACUGCAACCUGCAUGCCCGGCGGUGCCGCUUCAACAUGGAGCUUUACAAGCUGUCGGGGCGCAAGAGCGGGGGCGUCUGCCUUAACUGUCGCCACAACACGGCCGGCCGUCACUGCCACUACUGCAAGGAGGGCUACUACCGCGACCUGGGCAAGCCCAUCACCCACCGCAAGGCCUGCAAAGCCUGCGAUUGCCACCCUGUGGGCGCUGCUGGCAAGACCUGCAACCAGACCACAGGCCAGUGUCCCUGCAAGGACGGCGUGACCGGCAUCACCUGCAACCGCUGUGCCAAGGGCUACCAGCAGAGCCGCUCACCCAUCGCCCCCUGCAUAAAGAUCCCUGUGGCACCGCCGACCACUGCAGCCAGCAGCGUGGAGGAGCCCGAAGACUGUGAUUCCUACUGCAAGGCCUCCAAAGGGAAGCUGAAGAUUAACAUGAAAAAAUACUGCAAGAAGGACUAUGCCGUCCAGAUCCACAUCCUGAAGGCGGACAAGGCGGGGGACUGGUGGAAGUUCACGGUGAACAUCAUCUCCGUGUACAAGCAGGGCACCAGCCGCAUCCGCCGCGGUGACCAGAACCUGUGGAUCCGCUCGCGGGACAUCGCCUGCAAGUGCCCGAAAAUCAAGCCCCUCAAGAAGUACCUGCUGCUGGGCAACGCGGAGGACUCGCCCGACCAGAGCGGCAUCGUGGCGGACAAGAGCAGCCUGGUGAUCCAGUGGCGGGACACGUGGGCGCGGCGGCUGCGCAAGUUCCAGCAGCGCGAGAAGAAGGGCAAGUGCAAGAAGGCCUAGCGCGGAGGCAGCGGCGCGCCGGCGGGCUGGGCGCGGGCCGGCCACCGCGGCGUGGACUUGGCCCGCGGGGCUUUCCCAGCUGGGGGGAGGGUGGGGGCGGGGCCGGGGCCCUCGGUGGCCCCGCCCCCAGCCCCCUGGGCGGCCAGGCCCCGGAGAAUUGAGGACCGAGACUUAGCUACCUCACGGGCUCCCUCCAGAGCAGAGAUGCGUUUCCCUGGGGCGGGAGGGUGGCCGGGGCAGGGGCAGGUGGGCCGCAGCGAUGGGUAGAGAAGGGCACUUGAGGAGGAGAACUGUGAACCCCCAGGCCCGUAGCCCCAAACAGAAAACCCCGUUUGGUUCCCCUGACCCUUCUUGGGGGAUUGCCACAGGAACCCUGGCUGUGACAACUCGGGCUCCCGUCUGCAUUGGUCUGGGGGCACCCGGGGGAGGCGGAAGUGGCCUGUCCAGCCAGCCCUCCCCGUGCGGUCUGUGGUCUCCACCUGCCCCUGCCAUCCUCCUGGUGGUGGGGGUGCGGAGGGGUUCCAGUCUGUGCAGCCGGAGCAGUGACGCCCCUCCUGGUCCUGCCCUGGCCGGGCUUGGGGUGGGUGGGUGCUUGGCCAGGCUUCUGGACCAGGGACACCCCCAAGAAGCCCACGCCGGGUGGUCGGUCACUGCUCACGCCGGAGCUGUCUGAUGGAGGAGGCAUUGCCAAUGAAAAACCUCCCAGAGAGUUUCCUUUCUGGAAAGUUGGAAGCAGCCCCUUUAUGACAUUUUCCAGGGGAGGGGGAGGGGGCACUGGCUGGGCUUACGGCAGCGACACUAUUUGUGUAAUGACAUCAGCUCCCACAAGGCCCCUCAGCAGUGUCAACAGCUGGGAAGGGCCUGGAAGGCAGGCUGCUAAGGCAGUUGGGGUGGGAGUGGGCUGGCUGGAGUGGGGACCCGCUCCGCUGGCUCAGGGAGGCGCGGGAGUGCCCAAGUCGCAGGCUGGCAGGGCUGGAACCAUUAGGGUCCCAGGUACCAGGGAAGCCGUGACCACUUCCUGCUGGGCCCUCACUGCUGACUCCCCAAGGAGCGGACAGAGGAGGCUUCCUACCACCAUCCUGGUACGGCCUGGGUGGCACCUCACCCCCUCUGGCGGCCCCCUCUGUGGAUGCCUCCCGGGCCCCCUAGUGGGGUCAGACCUGUGCCCAGGGGCCCCCACCCCCCUAGCCGGCACUCUGAAUUCGAGGCCUGGCUCCUCUCUCAGUCAGGAAAUUGGUUUCAUCUUCCCUGCUGGAGUUUGGCUGCUCAGAAGGGUCACACCAAGUAUGAAGCUCGGGCCCUCCUGGUUUGGCUUUCCUCUGCUUCCUCCCGCAUCGCCACCGCCACCAUUUACCGAGCACCUGCUCUGUGCCAGGCACUUUACCCCCGUAACCUCACACUAUCUUCAUGACAGCCCCGUGAGACAGGGGUCCUCACUGGGUACUAUAACCCCUCUUUGGUUCCCUCGCAGGCUGCAGGGGGUGCUUCUGGGUGAGUCACCCCUGAGACGCUGACCCUGGUGAUGGCAUCUGGCCUGGAGAACAGAUGUCAGGAACUGGGGGCUGGGAUGGGCACAGUCAUAUCUUGAGAGGUGACAGCCAGGGCAGUGCAUGAGGCCGGUGUACACUCAUUCCAGGUUCCAGGCAGGCAGGCCGUGGCUGGUCCUAAGGUGUAGGCAGAAAGGAUGUCUGGCUGCCUGGAGGGGUUCCAGAGAUGCCCCCAGGGGCAGGGGAAGGACAGAAUGGGCCUGGGAAGGGGUCACUGACCUGCCUGACUCUGAGCCCUAGGCUGGAAGUGUAGGGCCCUCUGCACGCAGUCAGCCCCCACCCCGCCGCCCGUGUGGUUUGGGUGUGUUUUGUUGGCUCACAGUCUAUGAGAGGCUCUGUCCUGUGUGGGAAGUCGUCCUCUUUCUGUUCGCACCAGCCUGGCUUCUCUGCUUUGCCCAGGAGGGCAUGGCAGCCCCGCCAGCUCCCACCCCAGGCCCAAGUCUCAGCCCCCGUCGCGAGGGGGGCUUGCACUGGUGGUCUCCGUGGCCAGCAGCCCGCCAGGCAGCAAUGCAUCUUGCUUUAAAUUCAGCCAGUCUCACCCUCUGGCUCAGCACCCCGAGAGCAGAGCAGCCUGGCCUCUGGGGAAUGUCAGGGCCACCAGUCAACUAGGGGGGAGAGGAACUCGGGGCGGGGAGGGGCUCAGUUCUGGCAGGUGGCCUUCCCCACCCAGCCAGAACCCAGCCCACCGCUCCUCUGAAUCCAGCCACCAAUUCAGGAGGACCCUCCCCCUUGGGAAAGCACCCCUCUUCUUCCCUCGCCCACCCACCCCGGGUGGAAAUGGAAAUAGGAAUUGAGGUUCCGGUUUGUACAGUUAGGAAAGGAUGUAAAAUGGAACUAGAUUUUGAAGAGUGUAUUAACCAGAGUUGUGAUAUGUAGGUGUUUGAAGACAAACAUACCAGAUUAGUCUUUCUUUUUUUUAAAGAAAUUUCCAAGUUGUCCUUUUUCUUACCUGCUGGGGGGUCUGGAGCCCCUGACAGUGGGGUCCCUGCUUUUCUGACACAUAGUAAUGCUAAGGAUUGGGGUGGAGGGAAGGAAGAAGGAUGAGGGGACUGCCCCCUGGACUCACCUGCAGCUUGGCUUCCGUCCUGAGCAAAGGAGGGUGAGGCAGGUCCUGGUGGUAAAGUGGGAGGGACUCCCGCAGUCCAAGCUGGGGGGGGCUGGGAGCUGCCCCCAGGCCUCUGGUACCCACCUAGCACUCUGCCCCCAGAGUAACCGCAGGAAAUGGGUACAGCCUGUCUUGGGUUAACCCCAGGCUGGAGACUGAAAUCAAGGAGAGACCCCUCGAGGGUCAGGAGAUGGUCCCUUUAGGCAACUGAAAAAUGUUUGGGUCUCACCGCACAAAGGAAGACUGCAGAGUGGAUGAACUAGACCCAUGGAUAGGGUUACUGGGCCAUGGUUCAUGGCCAUAGCCAAGUCGUACCCUAAGGGUAUCGAAGUGUGUACUUGUAGGGCCUCGCCCCUGUCAGAAUCAAGCCAGUCCUGCUCCCCGCGUCCUUGGACGUGGCUCCCCCUCCCCUCUGCACCUCCCCACUCCCCCCUGCGUUCCGGAGUUCUGUUCACUCAGAAUUGUAAAUGUUUAGUUGUGACCAUGACAUAUUGUUUGGGUCAGUGUUCCUUUCCAAUGCAUACUAAUAUAUUAUGGUUAUUAUAUAUGAAUAUAUUUAAUGACAUGGAAAAAGUUGUGGAUUUUUUAAGUUUUUUCUUUUUUUUGGUUAGAGUUGUAAUGGACCCAGAUGGAACUUGUAACGUGGGCCCCACAUGAUAGAACUAAAUUCAGAUAUCAAUUAAAUAAACUCUUGUACACUGUU